UAUCAUUUAUCUCCUAAUGAUUCAAUUAAAAUUAAUUUAAGCACGUGAUACUGAGUUAAACUUAUAUCAAAUUGAUACAUUUGUUGAAUUCUAUGCACGAAUGUAGUGAAAGGGCGACUUGUUUUUGGCGAUGUGCUCUUAUAUAAGAUCCUCUGUGAUCAAAAUCUUUAUUCCGAGAAAUCUAGAAGCCAUGGAAACAACUAUAUCAGUACUUGUGUUGGUGGUAGCCCUAAUGGGCUUUCCUUGUAGAAGUAUUCCGAACACAGACUACACAGCUUAUGGUCAUUACAAUACGUAUGGUGGUGGUGGAGGUUCUCACUAUCCAUACCCAGGAUAUCCACAAGGUGGACCAAACUAUCCAUUUCGAGGAUCAAACUAUCCAUUUCCAGGCUAUCCAAAUGGUGGAUCCAAUUAUCCUUUUAUCGGACAGCCUCAUUAUGGUGGUGAUCUGAAUCUUCCCGAGGGCUGCGACUCCUUUACUUGUAUUGUUGCGACUUGCCAGAUAUCAAGGUGUAGAAAUUUUCCUCAAGCUCGUUGUGUUGGUUUUUGCAAUAGCUGUGUUGCACGAUUUUUCGUCGGAGGAGUCAAUGUAACUCCCUUCUGUGGAGGAUCAACACCCCCAGGAAGACCACACAAAAAGUACUAGUCGGAUGUUGUUGAAUUUACCUUCCAACGUUUAUAAAUUAUUAUAAAAUAAAACAAUAUAU